AUCCAGUAAGCGAAACAAACAGGUAAGCAGUCAGUGUUCAUGAGACCGUUGUACGGUGUGGAUGUGCGACGACGAGCUUCCCCUUGAAGUAAGAUGGACAACUUGUCAUUUGAUCGCGAUGGUACAGACCUCUCCGUCGUGAACGGUAGCAGUGGAAGUGCGAGCAAUGGCAAGAGGAAAGACGCCCAAGAUCAAGGAGAGGUAAUAGCUGUCUUGGGGUCAGGUGAUUACGGAAGGGCUAUAUCCAGACGACUCGUCAGUACAGGUCAUACUGUUUACAUCGGAUCGAGGGACCCCAACAGGAGCAAAGUCAAGAAUCUCGUCAGACAGACAGGAGCUACGCUGACCAGCCAGGAGGUGGCUCUCAGCGGUGCCAAGUUGGUGAUAGUAGCCGUGGGAAGAGACUAUUACGACUACCUGCCACUGACGCACCUCAGAGGGAAGAUAGUCAUUGACGUAUCGAACAACACAGAGAAGCGACGUGGACCUCACUACAGAAGCAACGCUGAAUACCUUCAAGGUCUCGUCCCAGAAGCAAAGGUCGUGAAAGGCUUUAAUGUGCUUUCGGCCUACGCCCUGGAAAAUGGAGGUCUGCAGGGGAGCAAAGAGGUCUUCUUGGCGGGCGACAACAAAGAAGCCAAGACUGCCGUGUCCGAUUUGGCUCGAUCGAUGGGCUUCCACGCAGUAGACUGGGGAGCCCUCAGAGCUUCUAGGGACAUCGAGGAUGUCCCCCUCAAACUCAUGCCCUCGUGGAAGCGUCCCGUUGCCGUCGUGUUCGGCGUUUUUGUGUUCCUCUGGCUUCUUGCGUUCGUUUCGUUCCAGAUUUGCCGCAACGUGGCAGAAGGCGGGUGGAGCUGGGGCUGGAAGCACUUGGGAAUGACGAAUUUCAACCGGGUGCUGGCCAUCUGCUCCCUGUGGACCCUUUCCUUCUGCUACCUUCCAGGUCUGAUCGCCGCCUACAUCCAGCUGUGGCGUGGAACAAAAUACAGUCGCUUUCCGAAAUGGCUGGAUGACUGGCUCAAGAUGAGGAAGCAGUUGGGUCUGCUCAUGCUGGGGAUGGCUUCCAUGCAUGCCUGCCUGUCCGUUGCCUACACAACCCCCCAGACCAUUGGUUGGAUCUACGAAUCGCCCACGAAAAUCAAAGCGGUAGUCCAAGUCGACGCCAACACCACGAAAACGGACACGUUGACUAUCUACGAUUUCCAUCUCAACUGGAGAGGAGAACUCUUUAUGACUAUGGGCGCCGUUGCCAUGUGUCUCGUCAUAGUCCUGGGCAUCUCUUCGCUGCCCUCCGUGACGGCAACACUCUCCUGGAGGGAGUUCACCUUCAUCCAGAGUAAAUUGGGAUGGGUGGCCCUCAUCUCUGCCUGCGCCCACGACAUUUUCCUCGCCUGGAAGUACAUGUUCAUCUACUGGGGGUGCUUCAACACCCUGCCCAUAGGACCUCAGUAUGCCCUGUACCCAGCUUUCAUCGCCGUCAUCAUGAAAAUACCCCUUCUCCUGCCCCCGGUGGACAACUACCUCCAGAGGAUUCGGAAGGGAUACGAGCGUAACGCCACCUACGAGACGGGCAAAGUCGAGCAUGCCUAGUGGGUAUUUGGAGAUGGCUCAGAGGGAUUCCGACCGCAAUUCAGCCUGCAUUCUAAAUGUGACGUCAUAUAGACCUCGAAGAAUUUAGGCUGAAAGAAUUUUGGAUGGAUUCUGUAAGUCAUAUCAGAUUGGUCUAAAGCAGUGGUUGUUAAUCUUUUUAGUAUGGCGCCCCCUCUGAGAGUUGAUCCUUCCCUCUACGCAACCACCCCCCCGCCCCCCCCCCCCCCGCCCCCCCCCCCCCCCCCCCCACCCCCCCCCCCGACCCCCUUGCAUCUAUGACUAAAAUUCCCUCCCAAAUAUAAAGGAAAAUAAAAAAAAAAGAGAAAGAGGAGGGGUUUCGAGGGAUAGGGAUGGAGGUAAAUAAUUACGAAGCAUGGGAAGCCCAACGAGUCUAACUAAGAAACUAUCUUUAUAAGGCGAUACGUUUGCAUUUGUUCAUAAACUUCAGAAUAUGAGUUCCUCACUCUUGUGAAGAGAAUAACGAAUAUAAUUAGUCCCCUGGAAAUUGCUGACGCCCCCGGGUGAGAACCAUUGGUCCAAAGGAAUUCAGGCUGGAUUCUAAUGUUACGUCAGAUUGCCCUAAAAGAAAUUAGGCUCAAAGAAGACAGACUAGAUUCUAAAUGUUACGUCCGGUUGGUCUAAAACAAUUUAGACUGAAUGCUAAGUCAUAAGAAUUCAGUCUGGAUCCAUAAUGUUACUACAGCUUACCCUACAAGAAUUCAGAUUUGAUUGUAAAAGUUACGUCAGAUUGGCCUAAAAGAAUUCAGACUGGCUUCGAAAAUUGAUAUCAGAUUAACCUAAAGGAAUAAGCUUGAAUUAAAAGAGGUCAAUAGUACUGACCUGAAAGAAUUCUGCCUGAAUUUAAUUUAAAAGGGUACAUUAUACUGACCUGAAUUAAUUCAGGCAGAACCGAAUUAAGAAAAGAUACAUAAUACUGACCACCUGAAAGAAUUCAAAGUGAAUUCGGAAAACCAUUUUAGGAUGUUUAAAAAAAUUCAAUUUUGCUUUGAUAAAUUCGGAUUUCAUUGGAGUCAAGAAAAGUAAACAAGAUAGAACUGAAAUUCUUAUGAGCUAAAAAAAAUUAUUUAUAGCAGUAGGGUUUUUAAGUUGAAGGGAAGUCAUAAUUCUUAUCGAGGCUUCCAACAGAUUUUUUUUAGUCUUUGAAAGACUUAAAAAUGCUAUGGGUACAGAAACUAGAAAUAAUCUGUAGUGGAAUGAUGCAUUUUUUAGUCUUUUAUACUUAGUUGUAUCCUAUUCUCUUCUAUUUAUUUAAAUGCAUUUUCAUUUGUUUUAUUUUUAAUGGUAUCAACAGGUUUUAUGCCUUGUAAUGUAAAUAAUCGUGAAUUAUCCUGAAUUUAAUACUGGGGCUGUAUUCACAUUUGUCUAGUUCAGAGCAGUAUAGUAUUUUGGUGUACCGGAUCUGUUAAAUUUAAGAGUCUGUGUCAGAAGAUCAUUCCCUGUAAGUUUGGUAAGAUGACUCGAAUCCAGAGCAUUAUUUAUCUCCACAAAAAAUUCAUUAUAACCUUUAAAUGUUUUCCUUCAGUCAUUAAGUCCUAUUUUAUGACAAGUCUAGUUCAGAGUUAGACUUGACCAAAAUAUUUUGAUCAUCAUCCAAACCUUGAUUCUCAGCAACGUUUGAUGGCUUAUAUGCAGUAUAGAGUAAUAUAUUGCUCUAAGAAUAUCUAAAAUCUUAAAAACAUUUUCUUUAAGCAAUGUUUUAUGACCCCAAAGACUUCAGGAUGUUUUUCAUAGGCCAAUGGCGUUCAUAUAUCUAAAUGGACUUUUCUCUCCAUCAGUUCUUUUAGUUAUACAUAAUGACUUUUGUAAAUAUCUGAACCUUUCUCACAGUAAUCUAUGUACUAGUCUGUUGUCUGGUGACUAUGUGGGCAUUUGGUUAGCCCUAAAAGUUACUUGUUUGAGAAAUGUUCUGGGAGUUCCAUGCGGUAAAGGGCUUUGUAAUGACCUUUGCUGUUGCUAAACACUGUGAUAGUAACACCCUCACCUACUCUAGUGGGCCAUUGGUACCACCAGUCCAUGACUUCAGUAUCAAAGAAUAGAAUUAUCACUGAUUAUUAAUCAUCUUCACGGGCUGUUUUGAUAUUGAUGAUAUUUAUGAUGAUAAUAAAAGAUUAAGUAGACUGACAAACUUAUUAAGCGGUAUUCAACCUUAGAGUUUGUACAUUACAUUUGUAUUUUUAUCGACAUUUUACUCUAACAUUUGUUGGAAGUUUAAUGAUUUGUGUUAUUUCAAUAUAUUAAGGAAUACAGCAUUCUGUUAGUUUCAAUGUAUGUAAUUAACGGUAUUUUUGGCAUAAUUACUGAUAAGUUUUAUAUAGCUGUUGCCUUCAGAAUAUUUUUGUAUCAUAAGCGAAAAACUACAAAUUGCUGGAGUACAGUGUAAAUAAAUACACUUAUGUUUAUUUUAUAAAGAAAAUUUUAUAUCAAAUAGUACUUAACUUUUCAUUGUUAUUAUUUAAUCUCUCCUUGUUUACUAGGUAUCAAGAAUAUAUAUUGAUGGAUUUUAAUAAAAAUUAUAUUAGAUUUUGAAUGAAAUCUGAAGUUGAAUAUUUAUUAUUAUUAUUAUUAUUAUUAUUAUUAUUAUUUUUAUUAUGGAGUUGGCAAACGUAUGGACUCUCAAUAUUGAUCUGUCGAGAGAGAUUCACAUGGCUCAGUUUGUAUUUUACUAUUUAUACUACAUUAGUGCUUUUAAUUUCCAACGUGAUUCCCUGUCCAUCAUUUUGUAAAAGUCGUUGUUUAGAACUACAUACUAGCUCCAAAUUUCGAAUGUUUUGUAACAUUUUUUUUUAGUAUUUUACUUCAGAGAAUUCCUCUGAAAUCUAAGUGACUCAACUGUUCGUUCAUUAGCCACAACGUAUGAUGAGUUUUUUGUACUAAUUCAGUUCAGAAGACUAAUUCAUUUACUGCAGUUCCAACCAGUUAUUUAAAUAUGUUUCAAGAUUUAUAGUCAACCCAUUCAAUCAGUUUUUGAAAGUUUUUUAACAGGUGUCAGCCUAGAAACUGUGAUUGUAUCUGAUUAAAUUGUGAAGUACUAUUCUGUCAGGAUACAAAAACAAAGGGACAAUUAUGGUAUUUAGCCUAGUAAGUAUGUGUGAACGCGACCUUUUACCGUUUUUUAUAAUUAAUUUGAUUUGUUCAUGUUUAAUAUAAUUUUAUUUAUAAUUUUUUAAUAUAAUUUCCACUUCUAGUUGCCUAAUACGUGUAGGUGCUUGAGAAAGAGGUAUUAUUACGAUGAACAUUGUGAAUACUUUUUUUAAAUGGUUAUUGCCACAAAGUCCACAUGUAAGAAACUAUAUGAAUGUUAUUUGGGAAAAAAGGACUACUAAAUACCUACUCCAUUGUUGUAAAUAUGUGUUAUUAUCCGUCUUUUAUACACUGGGGAAAUUCCAAAAUUACCCCAAUGCUCUACAAUUCCCAUUUUCUUUGUAAUGAUUAUUAUUCAUUAUAUAUCAUCAGCCACUAUCAUUUUUCAUCAUCAUUGUAUCAUCGUUCUUUUUAAGGCAUUUAAAUUAGAUUGUGGUAUAAGGAUGGAGUAGCAUUGUACUUGAAGCAUUUUUGUUGUAAUAGUGAUUAUCGUAUGUAAACCAGGCAAUUAUUUACAUACAUAUAUUAUACACAGACACACACACACACUUUGUCUCUUUUAAAACUACGGUUGUGAAAAUAAUCUAGUUACGUCGAUGCCUGGCUAUUGUGAGAAGUUCAUUUUUCAUUGAAUAUCUUGUACUCGUUUGUAUUCGCACUUAAUAAAAUUUAUAUCUUUUA